AGCAAAGGAAACUCGAGGCUUGAAAUUUGUCAAAAGCUUUCUAUUGCUUUAAUCGAAAGGAGAAAGGAAAAAAAAAGGGCCAGAAAUAUUGUAAUCUUAGCAGUGUGAGUAAGGUGGCAACCGCUAUUGUUACGUUGACAAUGAUACAAGAACAAGUAAGAGAGGUUCAGUUGGACCGGCCGUUUAGAUAUCAUGAGGGAAGCACUCCCUUUCGUUUAUCAUAGCUAUUCUAUCAAACUCGCGAUUGUUAAAUUUCACGUUCCUGGGUUUCAUUAUUCUUCUCUCGACGUUCAAAUGAUCCAUCCAUCGAUCAUGGGAAAUUUUUUCCUAAUCCUUGUUUCAUUUCAAUUUUCCUGCUUCUUUCGGCUUGUGAAUAAACAAAACAGAUCCCACAUUUGGUGUUUUGACUCAGAAAAUAGAAAUUUCAGAAUCGCAAAUGAAUUAACCUUUGGUUACUCAAAAGAUUGCGUCCAGCUUUUCAGAAUUUUGAAAACAUUUUAAACUGUUUGUUUUAUUAAGAUCAAACCAGGAUCCUGUUUUAUUGCAGGGCCACGCUACUAGUGUUCGUGUAGAUGUCAAUGAAAGGGCAAGAAUUGAAUAUUAACCCAAGAGUUCUAAUCUGUCUCAGGCUCAGUUCGGUGUGAUGCAUGUAGAAGUUAUUGUUCUUGGAUUGCUGCUCACAGUUGACUUAUCUGUUGCGGAGUUUGAAGUCUUAAGGAACCAAUGCAUGAGGACAGGAAUGUUUCAAGUAUCAGAAAAAGAUAGAGCUCUAAUAGGAUACAAAAUGGAUACGCACCAAGUACAUGAUGAGAUCGACUGCGGUAGAUGGUGUUUAAGUCGCGAUGGCUGUAAAUCGUAUAAUUACCAGUACGAAGUUAAUCACACACAGCGACACACUUGUGAGAUCAGCUCACAUACCAAAGAAGCCAAGCCAGAGGACUUUAGGAUGAAAGUGGGUUUUCAAUAUUAUGGAUUUCCACAAGCACAGAAGAAGCCUAUAGGGUGUGCAAAGUACGCCUGUCAUAACGGCGGGACAUGCGUGGACACGUGUCAUGGAGACAUGUUUCACUGUCAGUGUACAAACUUGUUCCGCGGUAAACAAUGUGAAAGGCCGAAAGCUCGCAACUGCAAGGAAUUGUAUGACCUUGGUGUGCCAUCGACCGGUGCUCAGCGAGUGGCACCGGAUGAUCAAGCAUUUGGAAUAUCAGUUUACUGUGAUCAAACUACAGAUGGUGGAGGAUGGCUUGUUGUGCAGAGACGUAACAGUCCAUUUGGCGUGUUAUUCUCCAAGAACUGGUCGGAUUACGAAACAGGCUUUGGAUCUCUGUCUGGCUCAUUCUGGAUUGGAAAUCGAUACUUGUCACGCCUAACAACAAUCCCUGUACAGCUGCGAAUAGAGCUCAAGGCAAGCGCAGGCGCGCAGGGUUAUGCUGUUUAUGAGAACUUUUCAAUAUCUGGCCCACGUGAUAAUUACCGCCUCAGCGUAGGGAGGAACAUGACAGGGACAAUAGGUAACGCAAUCAACGGUGACAGCAACAUGGCGCUUGUAGAAGAUGGCAUGCAAUUUUCAACUGGUGACAGAGACAAUGAUGGCAAUUAUCUGGCAAACUGUGCCGUUAUAAGCAGUCUGUCUGGCUGGUGGCUCAACAACUGUGGUCGUGCUAAUUUGAAUUCUAAUCCACCCCAGUGGGAUGAGUGGAAAUUUUACGACACUUCAAUCAACUAUACCGAGAUGAAAAUUCGCCCCAUGAAGCAACCAUUUUCUGUGACAUAGAUUUUUAUUUUAUUAAACGAAACAAAUAUGUAAAAAUCCUUUUUUUUUUCGGCUACAUUAUCCAAGAAUAGAUAGAGAUUCUUAGCUUCAGUCUGAGACAACGAAGCUAUCGCUGGCUGAAAGAUUCUGAAAUAUUACCAAUCACAUUACUGCCAGCCACCAUUCACUUUGUUUGCCUAGUAAAGACGUAAAAAACCGAUGAAUCACGUAAACACGAUACGGUGACGUUAACUUGAUCGCUGUAGAACGAUCAUACAUUGCUCCUUACCGGCGGCGAUACCAUAUUAAUUUUGCACAUGAAGUGAACCCCAUAUGCUUUGAAAUCGUUGCUUCCAAGCUGUGCGAGUUGAAAGUUGCCUUUUUUCUUUCCCUGCGCUUCAGCGCUUCAAAAGAUAACAGAAUAUCACUUCAACCUCUCAGCUGAGAGCUUUUUGUAUAUUAGCGAGUAAAUAAAGCCUCAGAAUUUUGCACGA